AUGCAGGCCAUGAGCAUCCUGGGCCGGGUCCUGCUCCCCCUCCUGGCGCUGUUGGCCUGCCAGGGUGAGGUGGUGACUUCGUGGACACACACACUGCGGACCAACAUGCUGAAGGAGAGCAUCAGGCUGCUGCACCAGCUCCAGCAGACAGAGGUUUCCUGUAACGAGAUGAACGUGACAAAUAUUUUUGCAGACUAUAAGGCAGGUGACACCAUGGAGAUCUUGUGCAAAGCUGCCACAGUGGCUCGGCAAGGCCGGAGCUGCCACAGGUCCCUCGAGGGCAUUUAUGACAACCUGCUGGGCCUGCUCCGGGGGAACAGGAUGGAGCACAAGGCGCCGUGUCCUGUGGCAGCAGGCAGCACCACCUCACUGAAAGAUUUCCUCGAGGAAUUACAGCAAGUCCUUCAAAAACAAUACAAGAAUCAGAAGUGAAAAAGCACAAUUUGUUUGUUUUUAAAC